UCAAUCUUUUCUCUUUGCACAUAGGCUCAUAUAUAUAAUGCAUGAUGAUGCAGCUCUUUUACAAUCAUAUAUAUUGUAGUUUCAUUUAGGUCUCUAUUAAGGGUAUCCUCCACUAUUGUUGCAUUCUAUUAAUUUAGCCAUGUCAACCAUCAAGCUUGGUCUCUACCUUCUUCUACUCGUCUUUUCCCACAGCCUGCUCCCAAGUCAAGUCACUCGUGCCUACGGAGAUAAGGAGAAAGAUCUACUUCAUGACAUCAACGUUUACAGAAAACUUCUGAACCUUCCCGUUCUUGAGAGAACUAACAAGCCAUCUUGUUUAGCUGAUAAAAUUGCCGACGAUUUAGAAGAUAAAAACUGUGAAGACUUUCGUAACUAUUACCCUAUACCCGGUAGAAACGAUAAAAUUCCGAACUUCGAAAAGAGUGUUGAGAAAUGCAAGAUCAACAUCAACACAACAAAAGAUGGUGUGAUUAUGCCUGUUUACGUGUCCAAAUUGGACCAAGAUGAUGUGUUUUCUAACUAUACUAAGAAAAGUCACUUUACAAAGUAUUUAAAUGAUUCAAAGUAUACAAUUGCAGGAGUUGGUUCUGACGAUGAUUGGAUGGUUCUUAUUAUUAGUACUAACUCAACUUCUGGAGAUUUUUCUUCUGCUAGUUCUUUGAUUGCUUGGAAGGGUCAUUGGUUGCUGAUGGCUACAUUCAUGAGUCUGUUUGUUUUUCUGUUUUAUUAAAACUGAAUGUUUUUUUUUUCUGUUCUGUUUCUUGUUUGCUUCAUUUGGUGGGAUUUUCUUUGUUUCGGGGACAGUUUUUACCUUUUCUGUAUUAUUUUUUUGUAUAUUGGAUUUGGAGUGUUGUAUUAUUUUGUCAAGUUGCUGAUUUAAUAGCAAUGUAUUACUUGUAACGUAAGGGGUUGUGUAUAUUGAGAUUGGGAUUUGGUUGUUAAUAUUUGGAAAAUAAAUUGUAAGCACUUUGUGGAUGAUAUAUGCAUCAAUGUGGAAAUUUUUUAGCAAGUAUAAUUUA